CAUAGUUAUGAUUCAGCGAUCUAGAGUAGAAGCUACGUUAAAACAAGUGAAAAAAAAAAGAAAUCGGCACAUUACUGACUACAGUAAAUACAGGUGGAAGUAAUUUGAAUUUAACCCAGAAAAUUUGUGUCUAGCCGACUGGAUCUGAAAGCUCCGGCAUCGACGCUCUCUGCUGGAAUAAACUGAAACCUCAAAUAGCAAGUGAAGAAAGACAAUCCUGUGUUGCUUUGUAAAUCAGCCAUAAGGUAUAACAUGGCUUCACGGGGUGAUAACGCUACACCGCAGCUAAAAUUGUCACAAUUCUGGCAUACAACCUUUGAUGACAUCUUCAAGGUCUUCAAUCCGGACAAGUGGACACUGGAGCCGACUGACAAAGAAAUGCCAAGGGAUUGGAGAAAAUUUAGGGAUAAAGCCAAAGUCAAAUUUCUCUGUGAUUGCAAUAACUCGUGGACUUCAAUGAUGGGAAGGAUUAUAUUUUGGUACAAGAAGAGUGACGAGAAAGACAACAAGAAAGAAUUGAAGACGGAAGAAAAAGGACAAAAAGAUGAACCGAAGGAGACAAAUAAAUACUCCUUGAGGUUCAGGCUGUACGGUCAGCAGUGCAAAAUAUGUGAAGAUGGGACAUUUAUCAAUCCGCUGUGGUACGAGGACGAGGUCAAAAGAGUUCUGGAAAACGUUCAUAAAAAGAUAGGAAAGGAUUUCUACGAUUUUCCACAGGAAGACUCCAACAAUAGUAAAAGACACGGAAGAAUGCGCCAGUCACAUGACUCCAGACGCUGUCAAGCAUGCCAAGAGGGGCAAUGUCACAGCUGAAUCACUAAAAAUCGAAUUUACUGAAACGUCAAUAAAAAAUCGUUCAUUUCAAAA